AUGAUCUUAACCCAGGAAUGUAGUGUAGUGAUCCAAGAAGGCAUCCCACCAAAACUCAAAGACCCUGGAAGCUUCUUCUUGCCUUGUACCAUUGGUAACAUAAUCAUUGACAAGGCAUUGUGUGAUUUGGGAUCCAGUAUCAACCUGAUGCCUAUGUCUAUGAUGAGAAGGCUAUGUAUAGAAGAAGUGAAGCCUACACAGAUGUCCUUGGAGCUAGUGGAUAGAUCCCUGGUGAUUCCCAAGGGGGUGAUUGAAAAUCUCUUGGUCAGAGUAGGGAAAUUCAUAUUCCCAGUUGAUUUUGUAAUCCUGGACUUAGGUGAAGAGGGGAAUGACUCUAUUAUAUUGGAAAGACCUUUCCUGGCCACAGCAAGGGCCAUCAUUGAUGUGGAACAAGGAGAAAUGACUCUGAGGGUAAAUGAUGAGAAGAUCACUCUAAAUGUCUUCCAGGAAAUACAGCACACUGUUAAAGAGAAAAGCUGCUUGAAGGUUGAAGAAGAAGAUUUGCAAUGGAAAGAAAAACUCAAUGAAGCACUCAUCAUCUCACCUAUAAAGUAA